UGGGUCGAAGCGGCCAAUGGGCGGCUCGCGGCCGGUUUAAAGGACGGCGCCGUUAGCGCUGAGGGCGCUCUGCUCUGGUUGAGCGGUGAGAGCUCUGUGCUGCGGCUGGUCCGGCUCUGGGGGUAGCCUCAUCAAUCUGAAGAUGGCAACUCUGAUCUUUGUUGAUCAGGAGAAUAGUGAACUUCAUGCUCCCAAGAGUCAGCUGAAGCUCCCUUCAGGAUCUUCAAAAGUCUUAGCUGAAAGAACACAAGUUAACACUCCACUUCCUAAAAAAGCAAUCAGUGCCUCUCCAGUCACAUCUCGCUCUGUCAGAAAGGCUCUUGGAAAUGUGAAUAAAACUGAAGGAGUCACCAGCAAGACGGAUAAGCUAAAACAGAAAAAUCAGCCUUGCACUGUGAACAAAAAGACUGGAUUAGAAAGCUGUCAUACAGUGGCUGAAGAAGAAUGGCCAGAAAUAGAAAAUAUGUUUCCUUUGGAUCCUCAAGACUUCGAGAGUUUUGAUCUUCCUGAAGAACACAAACUAAGCAAUAUCAACCUGUGUGGUGUUCCCCUCAUGGUGUUUGAAAGGACAUAUGACAGAUGUGUGAACAUGGCUUCUUCACCCGUGAAGAUUGAAGAGAUUUCAUGGGAAUCCAACUUGCUACGAUCAACUGCUGACUUCCUUGCUACCCUGGAUGAGAUCAUUGACAUGCCACCUCCAAUUUAUGAUGUUUAAUGUGUGUUCUGAAGUUUCUUUUGAGGUCCAAUUUCAUAUAGCUCUAUAUUUCAAUAAAGGCUAGUUUAACCUA